AUGGCCCAAGAAGUGGGGUCCCAUCAAGAUUAUAAUCUAUCUGAAUCGCUCUAUCACAUUCGCAUUUACUCUCGCAUGGUCUCUUAUGCAAGCCAAUGUCUUGAACUUCACCAAUUUGGGGAUAACGCUAUUCAAAACCCAUCCUCAGAAUCUGACUCGACUUCUACCGCUCACUCGACUCAAGCCCUUGUCGCAGCCAUCUCGUUUGCCUUAGCGAACUGGAUCAUGCUUAAAAGGACAAUGACUCUAGCUUUUAAUCAGGGGUCAGUUCCUGUAUGGUCGACUGGUCAUGAUUGCCUUGCUCUUGAUCUAACGCCUGAUGGUGUUCUUCAGGUAAUAUACUUUACGUUGCCCCAUUCAAGCUUGCCACAUUUCAAUAUUGUUGACUCUUCCGAAGGAUAUAUCUAUUUCCCGGCUUUGAUCCUCGAAGCUGUAAUUUGCUUCUUGACUGUCAUCAAAACGUAUCAAAAGGCAACUGGCAUGUAUCCUUCGAAAACCAACUUGUUCCUAGUGUUGUAUCGCGAUGGAGUUUCUUACUAUGUGUUGAAUCUUCUUGAGGCUGCCUCGAUACCGGUCUCGCAGACCCAUCAAUUGACACCUAUUAUCAAUAGAAACCGAUAUCCUCUGAGAUGA